CCUGGACUGGGCCCCUGGAGGAAAGGGAAGAGAAAAACCCGUAGAAGAAAAAGAAGUCGUUACUGUUUCCAAGACAAUUACAAAACGGCGAUCGAUGGCACGAUCGUUCGGAGCCCUGUUCUUCAAGCGGCUCUUAAGCCUCGUGCGCAGCUGGGGUCUCUGCGCCACGUUCUUCCUGCUGCCUCUUGCAUUGCUGGCGUUAAGUACCUGGCAGUCGCCACCAGUGAGCCAGCUGAAGUCGUUGCAAACGCAGGCAAACACCCUCGACAUCCCCAUUAAACUGGCAGCCCACUUCCCACGAACCGAGGUCAUACUUGGCGAGUCACCGGCCACCGACGUAAGCCAACAACUGCGGGCACUUGUGAAGUCCGAAGGCUGCAGCGUGCGCACCGCGGAAGACGUGGGAAAGGAGCUCCGCGAGAUCAUGGAGGGCGACUUCGCAAGCUACAUCCUGACUUACCCAAUGGCCGUUUCAUUUCAGUCUAACGCGAUACGGAUUUUGCCCAACCCGACGAGCCCCAUCACGCUUCCGGUCAUUGUCAACCUGGUACACACGGCCUGGCUGCGCGUGCUGACGACGAAGCCGGAGGCGCACAUUAACGUCACCGUCACUUACCUGAAAGCCCUCCAUAGGUCAACCACUUUUCUCAUUUUCAUGGCAAAAUUAGGUGCUUGGGUCUACUGGGGGUUCGAAGCGGCUCUGUUCUACGCGUUGGGCUUCGCUGCCUACGCCUCGUUUCCUGCUACCGAGCUGUUGAGCGGCGCUCGAGAAGUGCAGCUCAUGACGGGAAUCUCGGGCCUCGAGUUCAUCUUCGCCCACUUCGUCUUCGAUUUCCUCUACCACGUCCUCUUCAGCGUGUUGUGGUGCGUCAUCCACUACACCUUCAGCUCCUACUCUGCAGCCACACUAGGGCUCUUGUUCCUUGCUUUUGUGUCGGUUGGGCCAGCAGCUAUUGGCGUUGCCUACCUAUUCGCGGAAACUGCAGUCUCUCCCGGUUCUGCGGUCGUUAGGCUUUUCCUGGCAUUCUACGUUGGAGGCCUGCUCACCGUCAUGGGCAGUUCCAUUCUUUCGUAUUUCUCAACGUCAAAUUUCGUGCACUAUGCCUUGCUCGCCCUCCCUCCGUACACGCUGCUGUCCAUGCUCGUCAAAAUAUGGGACAACGAGGACAAGUCUCUGCACUGCAAGCUACUAGAGAACCAACUUCUCCUCCAAAAAAUUUUGAAAAUUGAUUGCGGCGCGAGCGUGCUGGCAAUUACAUAUGAUGGCAUCGGAAUCGAGCUAUUGGCUGCAACAGUGACAGGCCUGGUCCUCCUGGCAAUUAUGGUCUUCCUAACUUCUGGCUUCUUGAAGCGCGGUGACCACUUCGCGGGCCAGGAGUUGUCUGCCGACGAAAAUGUCGAAGAGGAGAAGAAGCUCGUCAACUCUGCGCUCCAAGAAGGAGACUUCGCCAACUACUCGAUGCUCGUCUGGAGUCUGCACAAACGCUUCGGCGCGUUUUUCGCCGUCCGAGGCACCUACAUGGCGCUUCGUCCCUCCGAAUGCUUUGGCCUUCUCGGCGUGAACGGCGCCGGCAAGACCACCACAUUCCAAAUGCUGGCCGCACUGGUCAGCGCCUCACACGGUGACGCCUCCACGGCGACGGCCAAGCUCAGUGGGAACGCACGCAGAUGGCAGUCGCAGAUCAGCUACUGCUUUCAGCUCGGGGGCCUCCUGAACCGGCUGAAUGCGUACGAGUACUUGUACCUGGUCGGUCGGCUGAGAGGCAUCCCUGAAAGCGAAUUGAAGUCCAUGAUAGACAGCAUUCUAUCAGUUGCCGACCUCACGGAGCACGCAUCCAAACAGUGCGGGGUGUACAGCGGAGGAAACCGCCGCAAGCUGUCCAUCAGCGCAGCGCUACUGGGCCUAUCGCCAUUCGUGUUUCUCGACGAGCCCUACGCUGGCGUGGACGUUGUGUCUCGAAACAAGAUCUUCCGAGCCAUCGCUGAGAUCAAGAAACGUUCGCGGACCACUUUUGUGCUCACGUCCCACAA